AUGACACAGAACGUGUUCGCCGUCCCAAUCUUCUUCAUCUGCUUUCGAGAAUGCCUCGAAUGCGUGAUCAUCGUGUCGAUUCUCUUCGCCUUGCUGAAAAACUCCAUUGGCGCCGAGAAAGACCGUGAAACGUAUCGCAAACUUCGCAAACAAGUAUGGGCUGGCAUCGGCUGCGGCCUCAUCCUCUGCCUCGCCAUUGGGGGCGGCAUGAUCGGUGGCUUCUACACCCUCCACAAGGACACCUUCUCCAUUACCGAGGACAUCUGGGAGGGCACGUUCAGUCUUAUCGCCACCGUCAUCAUCUCGGUCGUGGGUGCGGCUCUCCUGCGCGUCUCAAAGCUCCAAGACAAAUGGAGGGUGAAGCUUGCCAAAGCGUUGGAGAAGCAGAAGGUGAAGCAAAAAGCUUCCGCCGGCAGUCGCUUCAAAUUGUGGUGUGAGAAAUACGCCAUGUUCUUGCUUCCCUUCAUCACCGUCCUUCGAGAAGGCCUGGAAGCUGUUGUGUUCAUCGGAGGUGUUGGCUUGUCGCUACCAGCUUCCUCGUUCCCCCUCGCCGUGGUGUGCGGACUUGGUGCGGGCUGUGCCGUUGGCUACUUGAUCUACCGCGGCGGCACAUCAAGCAAGCUGCAGAUCUUUUUGAUUAUCUCAACAUGCUUCCUGUACCUCGUCGCAGCCGGCCUCUUCUCCAAAGCCGUAUGGGCGUUCGAGAUUCAUGCCUGGAACAAGGUUACCGGCAGUGACGCCGCUGCUUUGGGAUCUGGGCCAGGGUCAUACAACAUCAAACAGAGCGUAUGGCAUGUCAAUUGCUGCAACGCCGAGGUCAACGGCGGAGGCAUCUGGGGUAUUCUCAACUCCAUCUUCGGCUGGGAGAAUUCGGCGACGUACGGGUCGGUGAUAUCGUACAACGUGUACUGGAUUGGCGUCAUGAUUGCCUUUUGGAGUAUGCGCUACUUCGAGAAGCAUGGUCACUGGCCGCUGAGGAAGCCAAAGACCAAGCACAUGGCCUCCAUCUCCGACAGCUCCAGCUCUGAAGGCGUGGAGUCGAGUGGAGUUGUCGUUGAUGAGAAGAAGGGGGGAGUCACCACUACUACAGGUCCACUGCGGGAAAUUGAGGCCUGA